ACUACAGUCGGUGUUCUGUGCUCCGCCAUGACGGUUCGCGGGAUUUGGUUCUUGCCUCUCGCAAUCUUCUGUUUAUCACUCGCCCAACCGGCUGUUGCAGAAGACAAAACAAAUAACUCAGACUACUGUAUACCAAAGGAAGAGUCGAGUGAUGAUUUCCCGGCAGACAUUUUCACCAUGAACCAAAGGAAGCAUGGAGCCAUCGUCAUACAUGUAUGCGUCGGACUCUACUUCUUUAUCGUCAUCGCAUUUGUCUGCAACGACUACUUUCUCCCCUCUGUUGACUGUAUUUGUCAAGACUUAUCGCUUAGUCAAGACGUCGCUGGAGCUACCUUCAUGGCACUCGCUACUUGUACGCCCGAACUGUUCACCAACCUGAUUGGGACGUUUCUGACGGAGAGUGACCUAGGGGUCGGGACUGUAGUAGGCAGCGCUGUCUUCAACACUCUCGGAGUACCCGCUUGUGGAGGUCUGGCCGCUACUACAGUCAUCAGGUUGCAGGUGUACCCUCUAGCCCGUGACUGUAUCAUCUACAGCACCGUCAUCGGGGUGCUCGCCGUGCUACUCUGGGACGAGAAGAUCUACUGGUACGAGUCAGUCAUUCUCAUCGUUCUCUACUUCUGCUACUGUGUCAUUAUGUUCUGCGACGGCAAGAUUACGAAGGCUGCCAAGAAAGUGUUACGGAAAACAAACUCCUUCGACAGCUCAAAGACAAUAAAGUCAGAUGUAAGCAGUGGUGCUGGAGAUGGGAUAUAUCGGCCGACGUAUUACCAUGGGGAACAGCUCAGCUCAUUUCAGAGGGCUCGCUCAGCCAGUUUGAAGGAUUCAAAAAAUCCCAUGGAUGCUGAGAAGCAAACCUGUCAUGAGGAGGACGAACAUAAAGGAAACCUAAGACGCAUUUCAUCGUUGCCCUCUAUUAGAACGGUGUCCACAGAAUGUAUAUCAAUCAACAGCUUGAGACCUUUUGCUAUUUCUCAGUCUAACGGAGAAACAACCACAUACGGAACUGCAGAAACUAUCAGAAUACCUGAUGAUAGUUCAGAAACCGCACUCUGUAUCAGACCUAAGGGGUUCUGGAGGAGUUUUUGGUGGUUCUUCACACUCCCGGUAGAGGUAGUUCUCUGGUUGACAAUUCCCAACUGUCGCAACCAUCGAAAACUCUAUCCACUAACAUUCAUAAUGUGCAUUGUAUGGAUCGGAAUCUCUUCCUAUGUUGUGUCGUGGAUGAUGACAAUUUUUGGUAACACAUACAACCUGAGUGAUUCCAUAAUGGGGAUAACAUUCCUAGCCAUUGGAGGAAGCAUGCCAGAAGCGUGUUCAAGUGUCAUUAACGCACGAUUAGGUAUAGGCUCAAUGAGCAUCAGCAAUGCGCUAGGGGCCAACACCCUAGACAUUCUACUGUGCCUUGGACUUCCGUGGAUGAUCAAGACUCUUCUGCCAGCGUCCUGGGGUGGAGGUCCCAUUAAGAUUCAAUCUCCCGGUCUCACCUAUAACACAGCAGCACAGAUCGCCUGUGUUGCCAUCCUUUUUGUGGCAGCUUAUCUCAACAAGUUCCAUUACAAUAAAAUCUUGGGUUCGGUCUGCCUAGUGAUGUACCUGUCAUCUAUCGCUUUUAUUUUAGUUGUUGAAACCAAUGUGUUCCACUGGACACAAGGAAAAGUGUAUUGUAGCUAGUCAAUAAAAUUGUUAAUUUAUUUUUAUAA